UGGGAGGAGGAGGGAGGAGGGGUGGAAUCUUCCGGAAGGCAACUUUGAAUCUUUGAUCCGUCCUUAACGGACGCCCUCUGUCCCUCUCUUUCUCUCGGAGAGGAGGCGAAGAGAAGGAGGGAAGCGCGAAAACCCCACCUCGGAGUUUCUCUCGUUUGCUCGCCCUGCUUCGCGCCCGCUUUGUUUGUCCGCAUCUUUGUCUUUUGUUCGGCUCAUUGUUGGCGCUACCACCUGUCGUUGACGCCGUUCACGUGGUAAUCACGCGGCGCGCCGGUUUUUCGGCGAUCGUGAAUCGGUCCUUAGGGCAGAGAGAGAGCGGGGGAUAGGGCCGCGCGGGAGCGCGAGAGAGAGGGGGCGACCCCGAGGUGGAAGGUCGGCGCUGACCGCGCGAUGCGGGCGAGAGAGAGCGCGCUACCGGCCGCGCAAUAUGGUAGACGAGAAUGGAAAGCGACUCGCGGAGUGGGGCGAGACUCUGGGAGAGGGGCGAGUGAGAGGCUCGAGUGAGUUUACCGUAAGUGCGAGGGAGAGCGCGAUACAGGUGGUGGAAUGCGCGCGACGCAGGGAGAGCCGGGGUGGGGGCAUUGGCACUGACCGUGAGUGCGGGAGAGAGAGAGCCAUCGGGCGAGCGGCCAGUGGGAGGGAGACGGAGGGAGGGCUGGCGUGAGCGAGAGGCAGGUAUGCGAGAACAGUAUUGGCUCCGACCGCGGGCCAGACGGAGACGGCGAUAUGAGGGUACCCGGGCGCUCGAGAGAGAUGCCCAGUUCCAUCUAGCCGGGGAGAACAUAACAUUGAAAAGAGAGACAGAUGGGCUGGAAUACAAGCUCGGCCGGUGGUGGGGGAGGAUUGCUGCGAACGCACGGGCUAGAUAGAGAGGAAAACAGAACCACAGAGUGGGGCGAAAGGGACAUAGACAGCUUCGUAUAUGCGAUUACACGCGGCAGUGCCGUACGCCGAGGGGGCUCUCGUUUAACCCCUGUCGCCGAUUUUCGUCCCGCCGUCUUUUUCUCUCCUCCGGCCUCUAUGUUCGCGGCCAUUUUGGAAAAUCUACAACCUGAGCUGUUGGGCGGUGCCUGCUUCAGCCACGGCCCUUACACGUUUUACAAGGCGGUUCGAAUAGGAAACGGACGAGUUUUGAGACUUGGCAGCUUCUUCCUUACGAAGCUCUGGAGCGAUGCCGAUCUCGUCAGCAUCGGCGAGCUUCAACUUCUCUGGCUGGACAGUCGAGGGCCAAAUCAGCCUCUGGCAUCUUUGCGACUGUACUUUCUUCCGGAGAACACGCCGGAUGGACGCAGGGAUUCCCAUGGAGAGGACGAGGUGCUGACGAUCUCGGAGAAGGUGGUGGUGCGAGUCCACGACCUGGUUACGUGGCUCUCGCCGAGCCUGGAGUGGUCCUGGGGCCGAGAAGUGGCGUUCCCCCCGACGCCGGCCUCGUCGCCCGAGAGCAGUCCCAGGAGGUACGACCUGACCCAGCCUCAGGUCCUGACCGACCCCGGGAUCGACUUCUCGGACGUGGACAAGCAGCAGAAGGAGUUCGAGAUCGCCGGAGCGCCCGGGAAGCGCUUCGAUGGCGGACUGCAGACCAGGGUGGUGGUGCUCUCGUACCCCAGGUACUGUAGGUACCGGGCCCUCCUCCGGAGGCUGGAGGGCUCGGGGCAGUCCUGGCUCUGCUCCUCGGUGGCUGCGGCCCUUGGGGGGUUCACCGCCCUCCCUGGCACCAGGGUUCUCUUCUGCAGGGAUACCUUCGACUACCCCGACCUGGAGACCCACGAGAUGCUUUGCAACCACCUGGCGCCAAAACUUAAAGGACGACCCAGGAGGAAGCUUAAAAAGCGGAGUGCCUCACCAGGAGAGUCCAGCAACGAAAGCGAAGCAUCGGUUGCUUCGACUUCACGAGGGGUAGCAACUUCGUCCAGCCUCGUGCCAGCUCUGAGGCCACCAGGAGUUCGAAGAAGCGAAAGGAAGUCCAGUGCCGAAGAGAGAAAGUUCAUCACCGAAGUGCAGAACUUCAUGAACUCUCGAGGCACUCCUUUUGGAAAAAUGCCACUUUUAGGAUAUAGGCAAAUCGAUCUGUUUCUCUUCUACACGAAAGUCCAAACCCUUGGGGGCUACGACUCGGUCAGUGCUGGAAGGUUGUGGAAAACGAUUUACGACGACAUCGGGGGAAACACUGCAUCCACGAGUGCAGCAACAAUUACCAGAAGGCAUUACGAAAGGUUGCUCCUACCUUACGAAAGGCAUCAAAGAGGCGAAGGAACGAAAGUGAGGCCGACACACGGUCGGCGAACAAAGACAAGUAUAUCGGAAGACACGACAGAAAUCAAACAGGAGCCGGGAAGUCCGUACCCUUCGCAGACGACACCUCCUCCAGGGACACCCACCUCUACGGGAAUCGCUCCACCUGUACAGUCAAUUUUAACGUCUUCUGCAUUCCUCCCGGGCGAGAAGGCGAGGACGGAAGGCGGGAAGACGUCGUCCCUCCGCAGCGUCAGGGUGAAGCCAGAGCGCCUAAAAUCCCUGAACACGAUAAUAGCAAACAGCGGUCCACCAAGCAGUCAGGUCAGCCAACUGCCCAGUCCUCCGCCGUCAAUAAACACCCCGUCGUCAACGCCGACCAGCACCCCGUCGACCACCCCGACCGGUGGCAACCAGAGCGUCCUGGAGCGGCAGCUGAACAGUCCCUUGAUCUCGCAGCAAGUGACUCCCUCGGGAACCCCGCCAGGACUUCCGGUCAGCACCGUGGCCAACACGACGAACGCCUCGGCGGUGGUGACCCUGACACCCCCUCCCGAAAAGGACAUCAAGGAGAUCAAGCUGGACCCGAAGCAGACCUCCCUCCUGGCCCAGGGCAAGGAGAACAUCCCGCUCUUCGGGGAGAAACCGAUGGUGUCCCCGAGGUCGCCGGAGGUGAUCGACCUGGAGACCGAGUCGGAGACCGGCAGGGACAAGAUCAUCAUCCCGAGCUUCAAGAAGCGGAAGCUAGAGAUCCUGAGGGAGGGGGGUCUGGAAGUGACGGCCGUCGAUCUGGACUCCCGACCCAGCGUGAUCCAGGCCACGGUCACCCCGGUGACGGCGCCGUUGCUCACCCUGAAGACCGAGGAGAAGACCUCUUCGCCGUUCCCCACCGCUCCGAGCACCCCCAACUCUAUCCCCAAGCUGAUAUCCGUCACGGUGACUCCGGACAUUAGUCACAUGUUACCCUCGCCCCAGGACACCGGCACUGCCCAGCUCUACUCUCGACUCCCGGCCAAGCAGGUCGUUAACAACAACAACGACGCCUCCAACAAGAACAACGCGGCCAACAGCCGGGUGAUAAACCUGGGGAACGUGAACAACGCCGCGCUGUUGCAGUUGUAUGCAAAUGCGACCGCCAAUGCGGCAGGUAACUCGGUCCAGGGUUCGCCUAGUAAUCAUAGGUUCGUCCAGCCACCUUUGACCAACGGGAGGAUAGCUCCGCCAAAGGUUACCCAGUCGAGGUCGAUCUUCGCGCACAACGAAAAGAUGGUCUACGGGAACCCGAAGGACAUCCUGACGCCCCCAAAGUACCCUCAACCGGCGCAGUCACCCAGGUGCAGCUCGGCACCCGGGGGCCAGUGCGCACCCCCGGGGGUUCUCGACCUGACCCAGAAGACCCCGGAGAAGCCCUCGUUUUCCAGACCUAGUUUGGAGAUCGUUCGAGUCCCUGUCGUGCCGAGGCCGAAUCCCUUGAACCUGGAGAUGAGGAACGCCGUAAAGGACAGGCGAGCCGAGUCGCCGAAGAAGGGGUUCCCGGCCUAUCCCAACGUCAUCGAGUCCAGGACCAUGGUGUCGAACAACCUGGAGAUCACCCUGGUGAAUCCGAAGCAGAAGGGCCAGCUGGCUACUCCGCCUCAGGUGCAGCAGCAAAUCCCGAGUCCGCCCACGCGGACGAGUCAGGGUACCUCGAUGAACCCCCAGAGAAGGCCGCAGCCCAACGGGAAGUACCCCAGCAGGAGCGAGCCGGUAUCCCCCUACACGCCGAGGAAGCCCAACCACCAGGUCAUCCCGAACAUCCCGAACCUGAACCACCUGAACAGCUCGUCGUACGCCAGGUCUAUCCAGCAGCAGCAACAGCAGCUGGCGGCGGAGAAGAGGAAAACCGCCGAGGCGACGCCGAAGGAGCAACGCAAGACGAGCGAGAGCGAUCGCCAGGAUCGCCAGGAGCGCCAAGAUCGUCAGGAUCGUCAGGAUCGCCAGGAUCGCCAGGAUCGUCAGGAUCGUCAGCCGACCCCGACUCACCAGGACGCAGCCAACCAGAGGUCAACCGAGGCGACUCGUAGGCACAGCGUCGCGAACGUGCCCUCAGCCUUCCUGCCGUCCUUGCAGCAGAACCCUGCCUUCCUGGCCGGCCAGCUGCCGAACCACGCCGGGAAGUUCCUGCCCAUCCUGGACCCCAUGUACUACUCGGCCUUCUACAACGGCCUCUUCCCGCCACCCUUGCCCCCGGCGGCGACGUCCUUCCUGCCCCCGGAGUUCAGCGCUUACUACAAGGAGCUGCAGGCCUCCUCGCAACCAAGACUGGCGAUGGCAGGACAGCACCAACCGGCUGUCCCGACGUCCAAGUAAAAGCGACCGGACCACCCCCCGUGAGACGGUGACCCUGACUCACCUGGUCUUCAGGAUCGACACCGCAGGACCUCGUCGACCCUCCGGGUUCCGGCGUCUCGUCGUAUACAGUAGCUUUAGGUAGUUAAGGACUCGCUGGCGUGCGUGUCUCCCUCGGGGACUUUGCGACUCGUGUGCGUGCGACUCAGCCUACUGACCCGGAAUCGACUCUGGGGUGCUUCUGCAUGGCCGAAGACGCCUCGAGGACUCGUCUCGUUGACUGUUGGUGGCGUCUUCAUAGUUCCAACCGGGCGAAGAACCAAUUGGGAAGCCGGACUUUGUGUACAUCCUCGGUUCCGUUCACCGUGUUCUGGUGAUCUUCGCCUCGGACCCUAACUGGAAGACAAGACUUGUUAUUUCUAGAUAAUGCGAUCUCUCGCGAAAUUAUCAACCGCAGGGAUUGGAUGGAACUUGAAUGGGAAAUUUGAUGGAGUGGACUGUGUGGGAAGAGGUUUCGGAAUAACGUUUGCGCUGUGACGAAGAGGGACUUUUUGGGACGCGAUGUGCACCUGCGGGAUCGCAGCUGAUUGCCGAUUACCUUGACGGAUGUAAUUCCGUCGGGGGGUUUUUCUUUUUCUUAUCUUUUACGUUUCAAUUUAGGCGAGGUGUGGAGACUGCCCGGAGGUAUUCUUGUAAAGAUUUUAAGGGGAUUCCGGGGGCUGGGCCGAGGUAGCUGGUGAAACGUCGCGCUUCGGAGUUUCGUUUUUAUGGGCCUCGCCUUGCAUGAGUAGGGCGAGAAAUCGAUUCGUAGGAGUAAUACGGAGUAGCGAUAAAUUACGACGGGAGCGAUUUAGAGAAAUUUGUAGCGUUGGCCGAUUUUCGGAGGCCUGUGAUAAGGAGUAUCGAGAUGUCGGAUAAGUUCCCGAGCGACGUCGGGGAUCGGACGAGGCGAAACAGAUUAUCAGGAUAUCGUGCCGGGGUGGCGGAAGCGACCGUCUCUUUGUUGGUUAAACCGACGGUGCUCGGGGAAAUUGUCUCGUCGAAAUGAAAUAUGAAAUCUUUUGCAUUGUCGAGAGGGUUGCGGAUCUAAGACGCGAUUGACAUUCGAGCUCGUGUGGCAUAUGGCGAUUAUGUGCCUCUGCGGCAUUUGUCUUUCCCGUUCGCCCUCGUUAGGAUUGUUAUGGGAGCGAGGAUAAUCUAACGACUGCGUCUCGAUGUCGAAUUGUUGGGACUCGAGUAAAGUCCGCGGUAGCGAGUCCGAUUUCUUUCCCGAGGACGAGUCUAGUUAAUUUUCACGAUAUCCACGGUCCUGUGUUGGUCGAGCAUGCUGGACGCGAGUGUACAUAGUGUACAUAAUCACAUAACAGUAAGGCUAGUUAAACCUCCAGCAUUAUCCUUGAAUAUUACUCUACGAGUUAAGUUCCCGAGUAACGUGUGUAAAUGCCGUGUCCGAUUACACGUGGCCUGUGAUCGUCGUAAUUUGCGAUUACGGUUCUCCAUUCGUUCGCUCAUCUUUUCUCUCUUUUUUUUUUCUCUCUUUUUGUUAUUUUCAUUCCUAUCGGUCUCAUCAGAUUGCAAUUACUUUUCGAACGAAGGAGAGGACCUCUUGCAUUAAAUUCAUCGACUGAUCGAGUCCCCCUUGUAUAAUUUCCAAGUCGACCGUCCCAGGCCAUUUCCUUCGGGACACCCGGUAUAUCCAGGAUAAAUCUGUAUGUAGAUGUAUGAUUGCAGAGGAACGAGGGACUGCAUUCGCGCUAGAAUAUAUUUCGAGGAAA